GGUACACUGUAUACCUUAACAUUUUUCGUAGGGAAGAAAUGGCUAUGUCUGAUAACAAAAAAAGAUCCGAGACGGUUAUUUCGACCAAAAAGAAUAAAAAUUAUAGAAUAUAUUUGAACAACACAGAAAAUCCUAAAAUAAUUUUUUGGAAUUUUGACACCAAUUAUAAAUAUUCGGUGGAAUGCGAAAAAAGUAUUUGUGAUGUGCACCAUACCGAGAGUGUAGAAAUGCUGCGACCUGAUGGUGAAGGUGCUUACGUAUUUUAUGCCAGUACUAUAGAUUUUAAUAACUUGCCCCUGCCAAGAAAUCCGAAGAAAAUGAUUUGGGCUUUAAUACAUGAAGAAUCUCCGAAAAAUAUAGCUGAGUUCACUCAUGAAAAGGCGUUGAAUUUGUUCAACUUUUCAAGUACGUUUAGCAGACACAGUAACGUACCAUUCCCUUUACAGCACAUGGGGUCUUUAGAGCACAUAACUAAUCAAAAGUAUUUUGUUAAAACUACAACAAAAAACCAGGCCUUACGAGAAUUAUCGCCGAUAUUAUACAUGCAAUCUAUUUGCGACAGCUUAACCGAAAGAGACAAAUACGUUAAGGAGCUCAUGAAAUUUCAACAUAUAGAUUCGUAUGGCGAUUGUUUGAAGAAUAAACAUUCAACAAAGUAUUCAAAGAGAAAGGGUUAUGAUUACUUAAAUAAUUUGUGGGAGGAAAAUUUGCUUCGAUUCAUAGCUAGGUAUAAAUUCGUAAUAACAAUAGAGAAUGGUGUGUGUCACGAUUACGUGUCGGAGAAAUUUUGGCGAGCAAUCCAUGUGGGUGUGGUGCCCAUAUAUUUUGGGUCCCCAACAAUACGGGACUGGUUGCCAAACGAGAAAUCAGCGAUACUUCUCGAAGACUACCCGAAGCCAAAAUUGCUAAGCCAACACUUAAACAAAUUAAUGCAGGAUGACGACUUGUACGAAGAAUACCUAGAACAUAAAACAAUGGGAAAGAUCACUAACAAAAAACUUAUCGAUGAAUUGCGAAUAAGACCCUAUCAAACAGACCAUUUAAAAAAUGAACGUAGUUUUAUAUGUCUUCUAUGUAAAAAACUUCACGAAAAAGAAAAAGGAGUUAACAUUGUGACGACCAGUCAUUAUAAUUGCCCUAAACCUAUAUCUGCUCUGUCGCAAAAAGUGGAGUUAAAUAAUAAAUGGACAGGAACAUGGGAAUAUGGGAAAUUGAAUGCAAAAACUUUGCACGAUUUAAUUAUGCCAUCAUGAACUAAGGAUACGAAAAAUUCGGCUUACUCGCAACUCCUGUAAAAUUCGCAAUGAAAAUUUGAGUACAAUCAACCUGGAUUUUAGAUGUGAACCCUUGGACAUCGUCAAAUUAAAUUCAGUAAUAUGUCAAAAGGCUUAGCACUGUGGCCGCUAAGGGCUAGAUAUAGUAAAACAGUUUUGUCUAAACUGGUGUGGCCCCGAAGUUAUUUCGUUCCUCUGGUACUUGACUUGUAGUACAUGGGAGUCCCUAUUAGUUUGAGACUAGGUAGGUAAUAGGUAUGAUUGGCUAAUACACGAGUAUUCAGAAUAUCGAAGGACAAACGGGAUUUCUGAUUCCGUCUAUUGUUCAAGAUGGCCCAGGGAAUCAAUGGGUUUUUUUAACUUUUCUUUAAUUUUCUGUUACUCUUUUUGUCAAUUAUUACAAUUUUGCAUUUCAAUAAUUAGGUGGUUAACAUACUUGGUACUUGGUGUAACGGGCUAGUAUCCGCAACUCGAC